AUUAUAGAAAAUAGGCGGGCUUUAGCGUAAUUCUAUCCUUAUUCUUUGGUGUUGCAUGAUUCAAUUUCCGGCUGUAUCGUUCUGGGGACAUCACAACCAUGGGCAGUGUUUUGGCUGCUAGCUCCCCCAGCCCUCCACCACCGGCCUCCAGCGGUGCUGCUUCCCCUGGGUUGACAAUGCCGCCAGGCUUUGGGAUGCCUCCAGUCUCCCCAGUUAUACCCCCGACAGGGGUACACUCUGGACAGCAGCAGGAUGCAGAAAACCCUUUGCCCAACCCGGGUGCAUUUGAUGAAUGUCAUCGCAAAUGCAAAGAGGUUUUCCCUAUGCAGAUGGAGGGUGUCAGGCUAGUUGUAAACAAAGGCCUUAGCAACCACUUCCAGGUGAAUCACACUAUGCUGCUAAGCACCAUGGGAGAUUCAAGCUACAGGUUUGGUGCUACAUAUGUUGGAUCAAAGCAGACAAGUCCAGCAGAGUUUUUUCCAGUCAUGGUUGGAGACAUGGACAGCAGUGGCAGCCUUAAUGCCCAGAUCAUCCACCAGAUCACCAACAGAAUACGAUCCAAAGUGGCCUUCCAGACACAACAACAGAAAUUUGUGAACUGGCAAAUGGAUGCAGACUUCAAGGGAGAAGAUUUUACUGCAACUAUUACUCUUGGAAAUCCAGAUGUCCUCAUUGGCUCUGGUAUUGUUGUUACGCACUACCUCCAGUCUAUAACGCCGGCUCUGGCUCUGGGAGGGGAGUUGGUUUACCACCGCAGGCCAGGAGAGGAGGGCGCAGUGAUGUCUCUAGUUGGCAGAUAUACAGGCAGUAACUACAUUGCCACGUUGACACUUGGCUCAGCGGGAGCUCAUGCUUCAUACUAUCAUAAAGCCAAUGAUCAGCUGCAGGUCGGUGUGGAGCUUGAGGCGAGCACCCGCAUGCAGGACACCAGUGUGUCGUUCGGUUACCAGCUAGACGUGCCCAAAGCCAAUUUACAGUUUAAAGGUUCACUAGACAGUAAUUGGGUAGUUGGUGCAACAUUAGAAAAGAAGCUGCUCCCUCUGCCUCUCUCUCUGGUCCUUUGCGCCUUCCUCAACCACCGCAAGAGCAAGUUCCAGUGCGGUUUUGGUGUCACUAUUGGCUAGACUGACUGAGCGGCGGGUUGUCGGCCUGCAGAUGGACUUCACAGAACAGACAGACUCACUAUAGAUGAACAGACUGUGCCAUACACUGUACUAUACACUGCUGUGUCCCAUCACCUCUGUCUCUACAACCUCUUCAACAGUCUUUAUUGCACAAUUGGUUUCUUAUUUAACCUUUUAUUGUGUGGUGAAUAGAAGAUAUGAACCUAAAUCUAAUGACUGUAAUCGUCUAAGAUUAAAUACCAGAAUAAUCCGAAGGGUGACAAAGAAUGUGAUUGGUCAGAAAUUUGUCACCUGUCAACACCAACGACGGGCAGCAUAAAGACAUUAAGAGAUGUUAGAGAAAUAGAACUCUUCUGUUUUCUGUCACUGAGUUUGGUAACAUUUUGUUAUUUUAGGUUUUGUAUCUUUUACUGUAACAAUAGUGUUGCUACACAGUGAAUGAAAUAGUUUCCUUCUGCUUAUUUAAAGGUCAGUUGCUAGUUAAAGACGAGUUCACAGGAAGGAGUGUGCUGUGCUGUACUA